AUGUAUGGUGAAUUAGAGUAUGUUAGUUUCGCCUAUAUUACACCUUCUGGAAAACUCCCAUGUGAACUGGUAGAAAAGCAACAGUUGUCAUCAAUGAAGCAGAUCAUUGCUUCGUACAAACCAUCAGAUACUAAUACUACUAAUAAUACUAGUAGUAGUAGUAGUUGUUGUAUUUGUAGAACUAAUAGUUCUCAGGUCCAAGCGAUGCCUGUUUUAAAAGAGUCAGGAACUAAGGUAUAUGUGAAGUUUUUUGACACUCUUAGAAAAGUUACUAGGACACAAUGCUUUUCUGUUCGUCUGCGGUCAAAUAUGUCCUAUAUAUACGAAAUGAUUCACGCAUGGCUUCCCGAUGUGGGAAAUUUGGUGUGUUAUACAGUGCAUAGCGAUAGUCAUGGAGUGCUAUAUCCAUUGGUUAAAACGGUACUUCAUCCACAGGAUGAUGUGCCUGAAAUUAUUUUUUCUCAAAAGUUUUUUUUGCCUUUUUAUAAAUUCACACAUUGUUGGGGUGUAGUGAACUUAUUUGUGUUGCGGCAUCAUGGCUCUCUUGUUCCUGGAUACAUACCUUUAAUAGUUUAUCGUUCCUCAAUGCAUUCUAAGGAAGCAUUACAGGAGCAGAUUUGUCAACUUUGUUGCACUUCUCCCUUAGAAGCCAAUUAUAUGAAGUCGCAACUCUUUUUUAACUGCACUGUUUCUACCGGAUUUGUGGAUUUGGUUUCCUUUUUUGAUUCAUUUACCGACGAUUCUGCGUCUCUUUCCCAGAUUGUUGUAGUUUACCCUGCCUUAGCACCAGGGGAUUUAGUGCAUUUGGACAUGGUGGACCGAACGAAUCGAAGAUUUGGUAUACAAGGUAUGAUCAAGUGUAGCCGACAAAAAGACGGUCUAGUAUGCUAUGACGUGGAGGAAAUGACGACCGGUUAUCUGCUGGAAGGGUUGACAUGUGUUCAAGUCUUGCCUUUGUGA